CAUCGCCCGGGGCCGGGACCUCGUGGAGGGCAUAGGAACCAAAGGAAGGAGGAAAAGCAACGAGGGCGUAAGCCGUCGGAUAGGCACAACCCGGCAAGAAGAUUAAAGAGAGCGCAGCUCCUGUAGAUGUGGACGGACUCUUAAAAGAAAGGAUUGGGGGGGGGGGAUUUUUAAGGAGAAUGCAAGGAUGAUAGAAAAGCCAGUACAACUACUUUAGUGGAAGGGGGAAAUUACAACCUUUGCCCGGCCUCUGAUCAAGGAUGUAAAGUUUAGAACUGUACAGCUGAGAGGGAACUUCAGUCCUAUUCUUUCCAAGACCAGGAAGUAGUUUGUAUCUCUAAUCAACAUCUCCACAUCUUCUUGAGUAAUGGUUCUGUAGAACCAAGAAGGGCAACUUUCUGAGUUCUCUGGCUCCAUCCUCCCUCCAUCAACAGGGACUUGGAUCCCACAGCAAUUCUCUUUUCUUGGGCUCUUUGAAAAUGGUUCCGCUGAACCUGGCUAUGCGGCAUUUGAAUCGGGCUAUGAUUGGUCCAUUAAUGGAGCCAUAAUCUGGCUAAAUAGGCAAGAGAGAAGAAGAGAAGAGGAAGGAAAAGAGGAGCAAAAGAGAAGAGUGGAAACCUCUGGCUUUCUGACUUUGGUCCUGUAUCAUGAGUGGUGGAAGGUUUGACUUCGAUGAUGGAGGAGCCUACUGUGGGGGCUGGGAAGGUGGCAAAGCCCAUGGGCAUGGCAUCUGUACUGGCCCCAAAGGUCAGGGCGAAUACUCUGGCUCUUGGAACUAUGGUUUUGAAGUGGUGGGGGUAUACACCUGGCCCAGUGGCAAUACCUAUGAGGGCUACUGGUCUCAAGGAAAGCGACAUGGCUUAGGGAUUGAAACCAAAGGACGAUGGUUUUACAAAGGUGAAUGGACCCAUGGUUUCAAGGGAAGAUACGGCAUAAGGCAGAAUGUCAGCAAUGGAGCAAAGUAUGAAGGUACCUGGAAUAACGGGCUGCAAGAUGGAUAUGGUACAGAGACCUAUGCUGAUGGAGGUACCUAUCAAGGCCAGUUCACCAAUGGCAUGCGCCACGGUUAUGGAGUUCGUCAAAGUGUCCCAUAUGGCAUUGCAGCUGUGGUCCGCAACCCUCUAAGAACCUCCCUUACAUCCCUACGGAGUGAGCACAGCAAUGGCACUCUGCUACAACACGAUUUGCCAUCAGCAAACCAGGAACAUGUUCCCAUGUCACCUACCAUAACUCGGGGUGGCUUUGCUCUCAGCUUGUAUGCAGAUGCUGAUGCUGGGAAAUUAAAGAAGGGGGGAAUCUUCAAGAGGAGCUCCUUGUUUGGGAAAAUCAAGAAAUCUGACUCCAAGACCUCUUUGGCCAGCCAAAGGAGUCGACUCAGUUUCCUUAAGAGUGAGAGUGGGAUGAGUUCUACAGGUAGUGAUGCUACCUCCACCGCCAGUCUGGGAGAAGGAGUAGAAGGAGAGGACUUCCCACCUUUUGAUGCUGAUAUUGAUGCCACCACCACAGAAUCCUACAUGGGAGAGUGGAAGAAUGACAAACGUUCAGGUUUUGGCAUAAGUGAGAGAUCAAGUGGCCUGAAGUAUGAGGGCGAGUGGCUGGAUAACGUGCGGCAUGGAUAUGGUUGUACCACAUUGCCUGAUGGGAAAAAGGAAGAAGGAAAAUACCGCAUGAACGUAUUGAUCAAAGGCAUGAAGAAACGGGUGAUACCUCUAAAAAGUGCAAAGAUAAGGCAGAAAGUGGACCGGAACAUAGAAGGUGCUCAGAGAGCAGCAGCCAUCGCCAGGCAGAAAUCUGAGAUUGCAGCUUCUAGGACUGCCCAUGCCAAAGCCAAGUCAGAAGGUGCAGAACAAUCAGCUAUAGCAGCUAACAAUGAAUCCAUGUUAGCCAGGUCGAUGGCCAGAGAAUUGUCUCCAGACUUCUAUCAGCCAGGACCUGAAUAUCUGAAGAGGAGGCUACUCCAGGAACUCAUGGAAAAUGAGGAGAAUGUGGAGCAUAUACAAGAAACACCCCCUGUUGAAGAGACAUCUCCAGCAACACCUCCAGAAAGCCCUCAAGGUGAUGAGCAGGAGUUUAUGAAACCUAAGGAGAGUCCAGCUCCAACUCCAUCACCAUCUGGCACACCACCCGAGGCCAAGCGUGCUAAGCAGGGUUCUCAGAAAGAUGGUUUUCUCAGCCCCGGGAACUGGAAUGGAGAUCAUACCAAGAAUGGGAAUUAUACAGGAAGUAGACCCAACACAUCUUCUAGUGCUCUACUGGCACCAGCGGAGAAGUCAGGAAGUAACAUCAGAUCUGCUUCUCAGAGCCCCAGCCGUCCUAGCCAUAUGAAGAUUGCUACUGAUAGGAUGGAGAUCAAGCCUCUUGAAAGGAUACAGAUAGAAGGUGAAGUUAAAUUAUUUGAGGGGUAUCACAGUUAUGCUGUUCGUACCUCUCCAGUUACUCCCCCGUUGGAUAAUGAAGAAGAGCCAUUCUCGGACUCCACAUUUCCUACUAUGUCAAAAUCCCUGGAGCCAGAAUCUGAUGUGAAAGCAGUGGAUCACAAAUUAGAGCUAGAAAAGAGGGAAAGUACACCUGUCACUCAACACGAACCAGGUCACAAAGAGAAAAAAAUAAUCAAGACAGAAUCUAAGCUUGAGCCCAAACAACAUCCACCUGAGCCUAAAGUGGAAGAGAAAGUAGAAGCCGUGAGCGAAACCAAGCCUGAAGCCAAGAUGGUAGCUAAAACUGAGCCCAAGACUCUGGUGAAAAAAGUUUCUCCACCAGAAGCAGCCACAAAAGAAGUGGUAGAGAAAGAAGAGGGACCUAACACAAUAAUCAUCUGCAUGGUCAUUUUAUUGAACAUUGGCCUGUCUAUCUUAUUUGUACAUUUUCUGACAUGA